CAAUUGUUGAGGAAAUCACAUAACGUGCAUUUUACGACGACUGUCGUAAAUCUGCCGGUUUUUGAUUUUCUCCCCUGGCAGUUAUUUGCCAUAAAACGACCGCAGAUGGUUGUCUGUUGUACGCGAGAUUUCAAUUCGGCUCGCUUACCUGCGUCGGUGUGUUAGUUGCAUUUCUUUUAAAAAAACCUAAGACAACUGAGUUGCAUCACCAUGGACGAAGAACCGAUGGAAGCAAUGUCGGAGGAGGUUCUGUUACAACGAAAUGCAGUCAGUGGCUGUGAAGGUUCGACUCACAGCCGUUGUGAAAAUGUAGAUGCAACUAACACGAGGAUGAUUCACAAAGAUCGAGCCUUCUCUGGCUCUGAAUUGUCCUCUGUUCCAAGCAAGGACCAAAAUAUGGUGGCAUAUUCUCAGACUGCAGAUUUCCCUUUGUUGUCAUCAUCGGCAGAGGAACUAUUUACCGAAAACGAGACGACAUCGCCGACAUCAAAUUCUAGCACUACUUGUACAACGACGCACGCUAACACUACGAAUACAUCUGAUGACACAAGAAAGUCACCUGGAAAUCCGCUUGUGCGACCUGGUACUAUGGUGAUGAUGACAAUAACAGAUGAAGAGUAUGAGACUCAGUAUUUACCUCAGUUGAUGGAUGCAAUCAAUCAACUCCUCACCAUUGCUCCAGGAACGUACAUCCCAAUCUCUUAUGAACAAAUGUAUAGUUGUGUCUACAAAUGUGUGUGUAAACAAUUCUCAGAGCGGCUCUAUACAGACCUGAUCAAUCACAUCCGCCGCCACUUAGGCCAGGUUGAUUCCCAUCUAAAGGAGUGUCGGAGUGAUUCCACAAUGUUUGUUGAACGAUUUUCUGUGUUAAUGAACCAGUAUUUACAAGCUUUAAAUGGAAUUGUGCCAAUAUUCAAUUACAUGAACCGGUUUUAUGUGGAAACCAAAUUAAAGACAGAUCUAAAUAAAGAACUGAGAAAUCUGUUUAGCGAGAUUGUUGUAGAGCAGCAUGUGAAUAACUUACUUAAUUUGUUGGAGAAAGCUUUGUCUGUUCCCUUCACUAUAUCCCCUCCUGUGAUGGCAAGCAUUAUCAAAAACCUUUAUUCUUUAAAUCCAGAUUAUGCCCAGUUAAAACCAGACGUAUUUGCCAAAUACAUUCCCAACAUCCGACCACCAACCUCCAUAUCAGAAUUGGAUGAAUAUGGUGCUGAAGACAGAAAAAUGCAACUAGAGUUGUUACAUAACCCAGAGUUCAGCUGGUCUGUAGAAUUUUUCAUUUCUUUCUCUAUUUUUUUUUUACUAUAUUUUUCUUAUCUUUGCAUUUUCUAAACGUCAUCACCAUAAUUUUGACUUCUCUUUUUCCAUGCUAGCAUGUAGUGGACAUAUUCUGUUGUAUAGCAUAUUGCCAAGUUCUCUUGAUUCAGUUUCAUUUUCUCUGCAAUGCACAAUAUUCUGAAGCCUUUCCUUCCCCAUACCUUUAUAUAACUUUCUUGGUUUUUCAGUGAUUCACCCUAACUGAAGGUUUAAGGUGCUGCACUGGUUACCGACCUCAAGAAUAUAUGUUCAAAACUUUUGCUUCUAGAGGCUAUUUCUGUUUUGUGCUUCUGGACAAAACGCAUCACUCAGCUUGCUUCAACCUAAACUCAAGUUAAUCUCUUCACAAACGUCUCAGAUCCAAAAUCCAAUACAUAAUUCCAUACUCUGUGUUAUUAAGCAGAUGAAAAACAAAUAUUUUCCUAAAAAUGACAUUAGUUAUCAUGGUAACUUUACCAGAAGUUUUGAUUUCUAUUGCCGAUGCCUGACCUAACACCAACCACUUUUACAGAUUGUUACCAGAUGUCUUUUCCCUUGACACUAGUACUUGACAGGAGGCGCAAUGGCCCAGUGGUUAGGGCAGCGGACUCGCGGUCAUAAGAUCACGGUUUCGAUUCCCAGACCAGGCGUUGUGAGUGUUUAUUGAGCGAAAACACCUAAAGCUCCACGAGGCUCAGGCAGGGGAUGGUGACGAACCCUGCUGUACUCUUUCAUCACAACUUUCUCUCACUCUUACUUCCUGUUUCUGUUGUGCCUGUAAUUCAGAGGGCCAGCCUUGUCACACUGUGUCACGCUGAAUAUCCCCGAGAACUACAUUAAGGGU